GGCUCGACCCUCCCUCUCGCGGGGACUACAAGCGGCGCGCGGACACCCACGCACGUAGCGACGCGUACGUCCUCCUGUCCGCCUUACAGGGCGCUUGAGGAUAAGGCCUCUUCCUGGUUCAUCCGCGCCGCGCAGGCGCACGCCCACGCAGCGUCUAGACUACCCCUCCGAGAGUCCCGUCUCCUAGUAACCAGCCGCUAUCCCCUUUUCCAAGACUUUUUCCUCACUCCCUGGGGGCGGCGGCCGCACCUGAGUGGAAUGCGCAUGCGCGGGGCUCCAUUCCCUCUGGCUGCCUUCAGUUAGCUCUGGGACACCUGCUGCUUUGCUGCCGCUCUUUUGUGCUAUUUUCCCCAGGGAUCGGGUACCAUUCUGGACCCACGUUCAGUGAAUUCGUUACUCCGCAGAGUUGCUCUUGGGCGCUGGGAGGGUGGUGCGCUCUCGGUCCGCAGUCAGGGGCCUGUUUGCGUGGAGCCUCCCGGGUCGGGUGCUGCUGCUUGCAGCCUCGGGGGAGAGACCGUCCUGUUGCGGUAAGCGCCCGCAGCUGGGGAGCCUGCGGACCCCGAGCCCCGUCCGCCAGGCACCAUCCAGUCUGGGUUGAAUCUGAGAGUGACAGAACUAGUGAUGACAGCGCAGGUUCCUGACCGAUGAAAUAAACUAGGUUUUCAUAGCUGUUCUCUGAUGAUCUUGAUAUAGUAUUCGCCUGUGUCUUUCAAAAGUAAUCUCACAUUUCAAGAGACUAACGCUUCCUGUUUUUGCCAGAUUAAACACUGAUACUCAAUCACGAAUAUGGAUAAACAAGGUUUCAACAUGAUAUCUUUAGAAAUCUUCUGUCAGUAAAUGAUUAGGGCUUGAUGGGGAUGGAAUUGUAAACUCAUAAAAGAUAACUCCAGUACCUAAAUAUUAAAGAAAUACAUUCUAAAAGCAGUCAAGUUGAAGAAACGUCUCCACUACUUAAAGAGGGACCUGCAAACUAUUUCUAUUCAGCUGUCCCAAUGGGAUUUUCUCUUAGUAAAUCUGCUACUCAGGUAUCUGCUAUGCGUAUGGAUUCAAAAGUGGAUGAUCACUUAAUGCAAGGCACUGAGAAAAGCAAAUUGGAACCAGUGACUCAGUUAUUUCAAAACACCAAGAAAAUAAGAUUAGAAGACACAAACCAAGAAAACUUUACAAGGAGCAAAGAUACUGGCACAGGAUCUCUUUCGGAGAAAGCCUUGGGUUCAGUGGUGUAUGUUAAAGAAAGUGAUGGAAUAGAAAUGAUAGAUGUGGAAUGAAGUUAUUUGUGUAUGUUACCAAAGAAACCAAAAAUUGGUUUUGACUAAGAGGGCCUGUUGAAUGAGAACGUAACCUUAUUAUGAAAACCUAACAAAAUGAAGGAAGACGAUUGCUUAUUUUUCACUAUUUAUGAAUCACUGUAGAUUGCACUUUUUGAUGAUACAUAUUCAGAAAAGUUGCUUUAGAGAGAAGAAGCUUUCCAAAAUUCAAAGAAGAUUUCUCUGGUAUUACAUUCUGUCCUUGUCAAAAAAUCAGAGUUUUUGUGUAACAGUAUUUAAAUGGCACCAAAACAUUUUAAUUAUAAUGUAUUUCUCUAACAAGUGAUCAAAAACCCAAAAAAACAGUGCCCAAACAAUUUGACAUCAGUAUUUCACAUGAUUUCUGCUGUACUGAUUUUGUAUGUUGAAAUUCCAGUUAGGGAUUUUGCUUUAGAAUACUUUAUCUUCUUGCAUUUUUUCAUGUCUGUUCUGUUAAAGAUCACUGGCAGCUAAACUCAAAGACCAGUAAAUUACGUACCUUGAGAAGCAUUUCACAUUUCAAAUAAUCCUUUUAAAACUUUUUUUUCACCCACGUGGAAUUCAUUUCAGAGUUCACAAAACCGUUUUUUCUAAGUGUAAUAAUUUAUCUUGCGGAUGUUACCAUUUUAUACCACCAAUAUUUAAUAUAAUA